AUGAAUCAAGAUAAAGACGGCGAUGGAGACAACGAUGAAGACGAAUAUGAAGAGGAUCUGGAAUUAGAAAGCCAAGAAAAUGGCAGCGAUAAUGGCGACGAAGACGGAGGCAACAACGACGACAAAGCUGGAAUCGAAGGAAACGACAAACUCGGAGGUGAAACUAAAGGAAAAGAUGGCGAUAAAAAUGAGGAAAAAGUUGGCGGCGAUCGAAGUGGAAAAGACGGAGGAAAAAGGAACAGCAAAGAUGGAUGCGAAAGCAGCAGGAAAGACGGCGGCAAAAACAACAACAGCGACGGCGGCGAAAACAACAACCACGGCGGCGGCGAAAACAACAACAGCUACGGCAGCAAAAACAACAACAAAGACGGCGGCGAGGGAGAAGACAAAAAUGAAAAUUAUGCAUGCAAUGACGGGAAUGACGCCGGCAACAGCGGCGCAAAAGAAGGCGCCACUGAAGAAGUGAAAAAAGGAAACGUUUCGAAGUCCGAGUUUUUGGAAUUUCACAACCCAAGCAUCGACACUUCAUUGGGCAUGGCAACACAAGUUGUGAAGUUGCCGAAAUCGUAUGGUGACAAGAAGGAGGCAGCGGCGGACAAGGACGAGAAGGACAGCAAGGACACGUUGUAG